UCGCACUUCACAUAGCGCAGCGCGCAUGCGCGAACGAACGGGCGCUGCGAGACAUGGAAGAGGGAAGACGCAGUGCAAUACCAGGCCGGAAGUCGAUGACUGAUCACAAAACUCGAUCUGUGAGAUCAGGAAGAGACCUUACUUGGUGAUUCUGGCUUACUCACUCAGAAAAAAAGAGAAGGAAAAAUAUCAAUCCCUGGAAGAUGGGUUGCUGGAGGAUUGCUGCCCUUGCCUUUGUGACAAGUGUGUGGAUUAUUCAAACUGACGCUUGGCCAGCGGAAGACAACUCUACAACCUCCAGCAACAACAUAAAUAACACCACUGUCUCUGUGACUAUGGACAGCAUCUACCUGACUAGUUCUUCUCACGACGUUAACUUCACAGACCAAGAUGGCUCCUAUAACAGUUCCAACGGCACCCAGGUGAUGACAAGGUGCCUGGUUGAGUACAUUACUCAGAAGCGACUCAGUCUUUACUCCAUCCAUGGCUACAUCUUGCCUUCCCAAGAAAUUACUCUCAAAUUUUUAAUGGACGAAGACAGCGACAACAAAAACCGUACCGUGUGUUUUGUAACUCGGAGCGACCUCGAAAACAAACUCAAUUCCUUCGAAGGGCCACCGAUCAUAGGGGCGUUUCGUUUUACUUGCAAAUCCCCGGUAUAGAAGUCAUAUUCCUUGAGGACGAGGAAGUCAGCAAGACAGAUGUAGAAACCAAUGAUACUGGAGAGGCGAGGGCCAGUGACAGAGUUUCAAGCUCCACGGAACAUAGGUUCUACUCUCGCUACAUUUCCUAUGUUCAGAUCGAGCGGUGUAGGGUUUCUCUGCGUGGUGCAUGGAUGGUGGCAAGCAUGACGGAUCUCAGAGUCUUUACGAGCUUCGGUGAUAACAGCUUGAACCUGCAGGAACUACAGCAGGAUACUAAACUUUGCGACGCCUUUCGACAUGUUGUCGCUUUCAGUAUCAUCAACAACUGGGCCGUGGAAGACGACUUGCACCAUCUGGCCACUUGCACUGGAAAGCUCGACAACGUUGUAGAAGUCGUUCUUGCCAACGUUAGUUUAAAAUCAUUUCCGAAAAUGCUCCACACUGUGAUGCCCAACCUCCGAGCUCUGGAGUUGAGUAACAACCAUCUGUGGGCGCCGGUAGAUUUUGAUUGGAUGCCAGGCUUCGCGGAGCUGCCGCGAAAUCUGUCGAGGACCUUCCAGUUCAACAACCUCUACAGCUACUACGGAGCCAUUGAUAUACAGCCCAACCUAUUUCGUAGGAUGUACAUUUUAAACGGAAACAAUAUAACUAACCUAACCCACUUUUAUUUCCGUGGAGAGUUUCAGUACGUCUCCCUAGAACGAAAUGGCAUGACAGAAAUUGGAGAGAAGGUCUUCUAUCGCAUUCCUGACUUGCAGUUUCUGAGUUUGGCUGACAAUGUCCUUGAAAGCCUGCCAGAAAACCUGUUCUCAAGCCUUCGCAAGCUCAAGCGAUUAGACUUGCAGGGAAACAAAUUAAAAUAUUUACCAACGAAUUUGUUCAGAAACCUUCUGCAACUCCAGCAGCUGAAUUUGGAAGGAAACAAAUUGGACAAACUGCAGGACGGUUUAUUCUCUAACCUGGAACAUCUGACCUCCUUCCGUCUCAAGGGAAACAACCUUAUGCACGUGUCAGACAAGGCUUUCGAUACUCUUUCUAUUAAACUGUCCUUACUCGACCUGAGUGAGAAUCCUUUGAAGGAAAUCCCACCAAUCAUCUUUCUUCUGCGCGGGUUGGUCAACACAAAUCUGGAGUCUACAGAUAUAGAGGUCCUCGACUUUGUAGAGAUCAUCAACCGGACGUCAUUUACCAGGGUAUUGGAAAGUCUGAGAAACCCAACUUCCGGUGAAUAUGUGAACAUAAAAGCAGCUCCUGACCUCCAGAGAGUCGUUUCUCUGAGGAACAGCAAGCUACGGUCCAUUGUGAUGUAUAACUCAACUGAGGAGACGAUUAAAACCUUUUUUCUGCUGGCCAAGUACUUCACCUUCCAGACGGAUGGCGCCCACCUGGCAUGUGACUGCAACAUUCUGAAUGUGACUCACCUGGUGACGGAGCUGAGGCAGAAGGGCGACCUGAGCGGAACAGAGGCUUUGUUCACGGGCUGGACGUGUUUCUGGCCGGACGAGCUGAGACAAAGAACUGUGGCCAGUCUCCGGGAUGAGGAGACUUACUGUCCUUUUCGCGAGGAACAAAACCUUACUGAGAUGGAGACAAGAUGUCCGGAUCCGUGCAAUUGCUACAUUCGCACGGGGGUUUCUACUAUCAUCGUUGACUGUCAGCACGCGGGUCUGACGUCACUUCCAGCCUUUGUUCCAACCCGGACGAGGGAGAUGUGGCUGCACAACAACACGAUCAAGACGGUGGAGGAUCUACCGUACCUCCAGCAGCUGGAGACCCUCAAGUUAAGCGCCAAUAACCUUCAGGACCUACCCAAAAAGGUCCUAGAUCAAUUGACGUCCCUGCGCGUGUUGCACGUGGACGACAACUGGCUGACAACCCUUCUCUCUGACCUGGGCGAUUUGCAGCAGCUUCGCAGCGUCCGACUGUCGGGGAAUCCCUUCCGCUGCGACUGCAACACCCGCUGGCUGAAGCGCUGGGUGCUGGACCCGAAGGUAGAGGUGGAGGACUGGAAUGACAUAAAGUGCAGCCUGGACGACGACGAGGGCCAGCUGAUCACGAGAGUCCCGGACGAGAAGUUCGUCUGCAAGAUUGCGCUCACCCUCACGCAGUUGGCCGUCCACAUCGUUGUUCCUGUGUCGCUGGCGCUGCUGUUGGUGGUUUUGGCUGUCAUCGCUUUUCUCUGCCGACGUCAGCUAAAGGUGCAGCUGUACAUCUACACCGGUCUUCACACCUUUGACCGUGACCCCUCUGACGCCCGAUUUCUGUACGAUGUGACAGUGUGCUGCUCAUUGGGGGAUCAGGACUGGGUGCUGACAAAUGUGGUGACGGUUCUGGAGAUGGCUUACAACUACAAAGUCUUCUUCCUUAACCGAGACGCAUUCUUGGGUUACUCCAUCAGCAACAACGUGCGUCACUGCGUAAAGAUGAGCCGGCGGUUGGUCGUGGUGCUGGCCAAAGGCUGGGACAGUGAGGAAACGUUGAUCACAGCCGUUCGUCAGGGCUUGGACAAGUGCCGCAAGGACAUGGUCCACUUCUUGACCGUUGUCCUGCACGAGAUCUCACCCAGGGACAUUCAGGACAAGGACUUGCAGCAGUUUGUGAAGAAGGGCCGCUUUUUGACGACUUGUGAAAGUCACUUUCACAAGAAGCUGGCCUACGAAAUGCCUCAUCUUCAGAAGGACAAAAUCGUUCUCUGCUGCAGGAAAAGGCGAAAGCCUGAGGGUGUUGUCAAGUUUCACGACAUCGUAGCCAUUGCUGAAAACCAGGAGAAUGUUAUUCUGGAGAUCGGUGCAGCUCCCUCAGCAGGAUGCAAUCCUCGUGUUUGCAAAUUGUCAUCUUUAGUCGCUAACGCAUCGAAAGUACCGAAGGAAGAAGGUAUCAGAAAUGAACAAACUACUGUGAAAGGGGAGGUAAAAGAAGAAAGUAUGAACAACAGCCCGGAAUGCGCUGGGGCAGACGAUAAAAUUGACGAUCCCGAGGAGAGCGAUUGCUAUACGACAGGAGAAUCAGUGUUUGUGUGGUACUCCAAUGUCGACCUUAACUACACGGUGGAAAGCAUCGUUAAACCGCUGGAAAGUCGCGGUCACCAGUGCAUUGUGCAGGAUCGAGACUUCCCGCUAGGCGCCGCCAUCCAGGACAACAUCGUGCGCGCGGUGGACUCAUGCUCACGCGCAGUCUUCGUGCUGUCGGACGACAUCAGCGCCAGCGAAUGGUUCCUCUUCACCUUCCACGUCGUCUUCGACCGCUGCCAGCAACACCGCGACCGCCGGGUGCUCCUGGUGCUGCGGGCGGCACUGAACGCAGACAACUUGACCGACGACGUGCAGCAGGCCGUCAGAACGUCAGCCGUGCUGCGGGAACAGGACCCUUGGUUCGAAGCCCGUCUGCAGAAGUUUGCAGAGUCAGAUUUCAACGAGAAGUCUUUGAGAGCUUCGAUAAUAACACCUUCAAACCUUCAGGAACUGCAGCAGGAUACUAAACUUUGCGAUUUGUUUCACAAUGUUGUCACUUUCAGUAUCAUGAACAACUGGGCCGUGGAAGACGACUUGCACCUUCUGUCCACCUGCACGGGAAAGCUCGACAACGUUGUAGAAGUCGCCCUUGCCAACAUUAGUUUAAAAACAUUUCCUGAAAUCCUACACACUGUGAUGCCCAACCUAAUAGCUCUGGAGUUCAGUAACAAUCAUCUGUGGGCGCCGGUAGAUUUUGAUUGGAUAUCAAGCUUAGUGGAGCUGCCGCGAAAUCUGUCGAGGACCUCCCAGUUCAACAACCUCUACAGCUACUACGGAGCCAUUGAUAUACAGCCCAACUUGUUUCGUCGGGAGUACAUUUUAAACGGAAACAAUAUAACUAACCUAACACACUUUUACUUCCGCGGAGAGUUUCAGUAUGUCUCCCUAGAACGAAAUGGCAUGACAGAAAUUGGAGAGGAGGUCUUCUAUCACAUUCCUGACUUGCAGUUUCUGAGUUUGGCGGACAAUGUCCUUGAAAGCCUGCCAGAAAACCUGUUCUCAAGCCUCCGCAAGCUCAAGCGACUAGACUUGCAGGGAAACAGAUUAAAGUAUUUACCAACGAAUUUGUUCAGAAACCUUUUGCAAAUCCAGCAGCUGAAUUUGGACGGAAACAAAUUGGAGAAACUGCAGGACGGUUUGUUUGCUAACCUGGAACAGCUGACUUGCGUCCAUCUAAAGGGAAACAACCUUAUGCACGUGUCAGACAAGGCUUUCGACACUCUUUCUAUUAAACUGUCCUUACUCGAUCUGAGUGAGAAUCCUUUGAAGGAAAUCCCACCAAUCAUUUUUCUUCUGCGCGGGCUGGUCAACACAAAUCUGGAGUCUACAGAUAUAGAGGUCCUCGACUUUGUAGAGAUCAUCAACCGGACGUCAACCUACUGGAUAUUAGAGAAUUUUAAAAAUCCAACGACAGGAGAUGCUAAUUUCAGAGCAGCUCCUAACCUCCAGAGGGUCGUUUCUCUCAGGAACAGCAAGCUACGGUCCAUUGUGAUGUAUAACUCGACUGAGGAGAUAAUUAACACCUUUACGCUUUUGGCCAAGUAUUUCACCUUCCAGACAGAUGGCGCCCACCUGUCAUGUGACUGCAACAUUCUGAAUGUUACUCAUCUGGUGACGGAGCUAAGGGAGAAGGGGGACCUGAGCGGAACAGAGGUGUUGUUCACCGGCUGGACAUGUUCGUGGCCAGACCAGCUGAGACAAAGAACUGUGGCCAGUCUCCGUGACGAGGAGACUUACUGUCCUUUUCGCGAGGAACGUAAUCUUACAACAAGAUGUCCAGAUCCGUGCAAUUGCUACGUUCGCACGAGUGUUUCUACUAUCAUCGUUGACUGUCAGCACGCGGGUCUGACGUCACUUCCAGCCUUUGUUCCAACCCGGACGAGGGAUAUGUGGCUGCAGAACAACAUGAUCAAGACAGUGGAGGCGCUACCGUACCUUCAGCAGCUGCAUACCCUGAAGUUAAGCGCCAAUAACCUGCAGGAACUACCCAAGAAGGUCUUAGAUCAACUGACGUCACUGCACGUGCUACACGUGGACGACAACUGGCUGACAACCCUUCUUCCCGACCUGGGCGAUUUGCAGCAGAUUCGCAGCGUCCGACUGUCGGGGAAUCCCUUCCGCUGCGACUGCAACACCCGCUGGUUGAAGCGCUGGGUGCUGGACCCGAAAGUAGAGGUGGAGGACUGGAAUGACAUAAAGUGCAGCCUGGACGACGACGAGGGCCAGCUGAUCACGAGAGUGCCGGACGAGAAGUUCGUCUGCAAGAUUGCGCCCAGCCUCACGCAGUUGGCCGUCCACAUCGCUGUUCCUCUGUCGCUGGCGCUGCUGCUGGUGGUUUUGGCCGUCAUCGCUUUUAUCUACCGACGUCAGCUAAAGGUGCAACUGUACAUCUACACCGGUCUUCACACCUUUGACCGUGACCCCUCUAAGGACCGAUUUCUGUACGAUGUGACAGUGUGCUGCUCAUUGGGGGAUCAGGACUGGGUGCUGACAAAUGUGGUGACGGUUCUGGAGAUGGCUUACAACUACAAAGUCUUCUUCCUUAACCGAGAUGCAUUCUUGGGUUACUCCAUCAGCAACAACGUGCGUCACUGCGUAAAGAAGAGCCGGCUGUUAGUAGUGGUGCUGGCCAAAGACUGGGACAGCGAGGAAACUCUGGUCACGGCCGUCCGUCAAGGCUUGGACAAGUGCCGCAAGGACAUGGUCCACUUCUUGACCGUUGUCCUGCACGAGACCUCACCCAGGGACAUACAGGACAAGGACUUGCAGCAGUUUGUGAAGAAGGGCCGCUUUUUGACGACUUCUGAAAGUCACUUUCACAAGAAGCUGGCCUACGAAAUGCCUCAUCUUCAGACGGACAAAAUCUUCUUUUGCUGCAGGAACGUGCGAAAGCCUGAGGGUGUUGUCAAGUUUCACGACAUCGUAGCCAUCACCGAAAACCAGCAGAAUGUUAUUCUGGAGAUCGGUGCAGCUCCUUCAGAAGGAUGUGAUCGUCGUGUCUGCAAAUUGCCAUCGACAGGAGAACGGGCAACGAAAUCUGUGUUUGUGUGGUACUCGGAUGUCGACCUCACCUACACGGUGGAAAGCAUCGUUAAACCGUUGGAAAGUCGCGGUCACCAGUGCAUUGUGCAGGACCGAGACUUCCCGCUGGGCGCCGCCAUCCAGGACAACAUCGUGCGCGCGGCGGACUCGUGCUCACUCGCAGUCUUCGUGCUGUCGGACGACAUCGGCGCCAGCGAGUGGUUCCUCUUCACCUUCCACGUCGUCUUCGACCGCUGCCAGCAACACCGCGACCGCCGGGUGCUCCUGGUGCUGCGGGCGGCACUGAACGCGGACAACUUGACCGACGACGUGCAGCAGGCUGUGAGAACAUCAGCCGUGCUGCGGGAACAGGAUCCCUGGUUCGAAUCCCGUCUGCAGAAAUUUGCAGAAUUAGAUUUUAAAGAGAUGUACUGACUGUAGUGGCUGCAGAGAAAAACGAUGUCUUAUUGUGUGAUAACUGUGAUGUGUUGCUGGAAAGAAAAGACCCCUAGUUCAGUUCUUUUUGAAUGAUUUAUAUAGAGCCUACUCAUGUCGGUUAGGAGUGUUCUCCUGGCGCUUGAGACAAAAUGUAGGUAUUGACAACAGGGAAGACUGAAAAACAAACAACAGUAUGUAAUAAAUCCUACGAACACUUUUCCCUGGCUGUGUAUGACAAAUCACAAACAUACAACUCUUAUACGAGUCCCCUCAGAUGAAAGUGAAGAAAAAGGGAGAUUGUCAUGUUCAGUUGUAGCUCCAGAGAGAGAGAGAGAUUCAAGGCAGUUGAUGUUGGCCAGCAGUCACAGAAGUCUGGAGAAUUCACAAUGUACUGAAUGCAAAUCUGCAGAGGCAGAUUUCAGAGAGAUGAAUGUGUCUGUUCAGUGCUUCCCCGGGGUAAUAAGACAACUGGUUUGUAAAAGUUUUGUGUGAAUUUAAUUCACCCUUACCCCAGUUUAGACCAAUGAAACACCAAGCUACUGGGUAACUAGGGCGAUCACUUUGUGAGAUCGUUGAUGACCAAAUACAAUUUUUCUUUACCCUGUAGUCGGCAUGGAUCCCCACCUGGACUGACUGCGUUCGCCAUGUGGGACUCCAGGUUUACUUGUUUACUAAACAAAACGUGGGAAUUCCCCUAUCGCGUCACGGCGUGAUGUAAUUUCGUGUUUUGCGUCACACGGUCACGUGGCUUCCCAAGAUGCGCAUCGAUCUCCUUAUGCUAUGAACAGCUAACAAAUAAACACGACCUUUGAACCGUGAAUCGCCACAGUUUGGUUCUUGCCUUCACGAUGUGUAGUCAGAGUUCAAAUGUGAAAAAAGAAUUUUUCGUCACCGGUGCUGCGGAGAAAAAAGACCCCUGAUUUCUGUCAGGGACGCGUUCAAUGCACAAUUUCACACCACUCGCACUCACACGUCCCCACAGUGUUCUUUCAAUCACAAAUCACAUAGAUUUGACGUGGGCAACGGAAUUUUAUAUAACUCAACAUUAAACAUUAAACACACACACGUUACUGCGAACUUUAUACAGUCUAAAUGUCUUUCACGCGGCGGCCUGUAAAUGAAAUUGGACGAUUGUUUUUUGAAUAAUUCUCUAAAGUCUUAGUUACUCACACCUCCGCACUGCCUGGAGUAAUCGUCUGAGAAAAAUAAAAUUCCUGGUAAAAUCCUCCCUUUCCCGGUCCUGAAAUUUAAAAGUGCAGUCUCGGCCACACCUGGCUGAUGUCCACGAAUAAAAUCUUUCGGGAACAACUCACAAGUUCCAGUUCUUAUAAGGGGUAGAUGCUGUCUCGGCAGACACCUAGCUGACGACCACGAAUAUAUUCUUUUGGGAAUAACACACAAGUUCCAAAGCGAACACUCCACACACUCCGUCCGCCUCUAGUCCCUUCUCAGCCGUCUGCUCUCUUCCAAAAUCUUUUCUCCGACGUACAAUCUAAAAUUGCGUCAUAAUAUGACGUCGGGUUCUGACGCGAAACCACGACGCAGCAAACACACUGGUAAGGGCAAUAAUCCCUGCCUACCUAUUCCUGACAAUUUCUGUGAUCGCCUUCUAAAUUGAGUAAAGUCAGAUUUCUCUAAGAUAAGACGAUGAAAGCUUGGUACUUGUCAACUGAGAACUCUCUUACUGCCUUCUUCCUCGUCCUUUACUGUCCAUCUCUCACAUUUUAAUAGGGUUAAGUGUGAUAGAGUUGGUGGUGUGAUAAGCUUAUGAAAAAAAUUCUUUUAAUUCUCGCUUUUUGAGUUUUUCCUCGAGUGUCCCAUUUAAAAACUUUAAAAUCUGAACACCUUUGUUGAUGGGAUGGGUUACAUAUUUUACGAGUUUCAGGAAAGUGCUUGUCAAUCACAGUGAGGUGUAAAAGUUUAUUUCACUCUGUCUGUCUGUCUGUCUGUCUGUCUGUCUGUCUGUCUGUCUGUCUGUCUGUCUGUCUGUCUGUCUGUCUGUCUGUCUUUUUCUGCCUGUCUCCAUAGCUUCCAAUAACUAAAAAUUCGCAAAAUCUUUCCUCUUAUCAUGCACUGUCAACUACCGACUUUAAUAUAAACACUCGCUAAUAAAAUAUUUGAGAUAAUGAA